AUGCCGCGGCCCUACAUGGCGGUGCUGAGGGGGCUGCCGGGGGGGCCCGCAGCGCAGGGCUCCCGGCCGCCCGCUCCCAUCGCUGCGGGAGCCCGGCUCGCAGCCGGCUCUGCCGGAGCCAAUGGCACAGGAGGAGAGGAGGGGCCUCCCGGGAGCGCCCAGCGGCCCUCCCAGCCCCGGAUCGAGGUGGGUGCCGUGGCGAGGGCGCGGAUAAAUAGGAAGGAUGGCUUCGUGGUGAAGGCGCAGCGCUACAACUAUGGAGGCGAUGUUUCAGGCAGCAGCGCGCGCUCCGUGUGCUGCGCCCAGGCAGCAUCUCAGGGACCCCCCGCACAGCUCGGCCCCUCGGCCCCCCCCCCCGCCUUCUCACGGCCCCUCCUUCCUUAUCGCACAUCUCAGUGGGCUUCUCGAAGCCGCGGUUCUGGGAACGAACCCCCCGGGGCAAACGGAGGAGGAAAAUUCCAGGUGAAGGCAGCCGGGUGGCACCGCCGCGCCCUGCGGGAAGGACGGCCGUGUGACAGCCGGGAUCCCUCACGGCGGGGACGGAGCCGUGCCGCCCCUCCUGUGACCGCCGCCACCGGGAGCAGCCGCGCGAGCAGAGCGUGGCACAACUCCGCACCUCCACACCUCGCACCCUGCGGGCGGCUCCGGACGGGGCGCGGAUGGGACACGAGGACAGCCCAGCACGGGGCCACGGCGAGGACAGGAAGGGCCACACCUGGAGCACGGCAAACACGGGCCCAGGAGGAGGAGGAGGCUGGCGCGCCUCCAGAUUUCCCUCAGCCCCAACGACCUUCUGAGUCAGCGCAGAGCCGGAGCCGAACCGGCAGCAGCCCUCGGGGCAGCGGGGAGAGCAGCGCCGGGUCCGUCCUGCCGCGACCACCGCCAUCGCAGCCCCCGUUCAGCACCGAGCCCGCUUCGGCCUCUCCACCGUCGCCGACCCUCCUCCGCCGUCUCCUCGGUCCCCACGUCCCCUCCUCACACAGCCCCGCUCCGCCGCGGCCUCACAUCGAGUCUUCCUCGCCCACCCCUCCGCUUCUCCUCGGCCACCUCCACGGCCGCGACCCGCAGCUCUCGUCAGCCGCCGCCACCACCGGCACAAACGGCACGACGGGCCCAGCUGUCACCCCGCCCCCCGGUCCCCGCUCCGUGCCCCCCGACCGCCGCUCCCCGCCCCGCCCCCCCUCACCCGCUCCGCGCAGAUCGGGGCUCGCGGCCGCCGGGCUCCCCGCCCUCCUCUUCCUCCUCCGGCCCCGCAGCCAGCUGAAGGCCCUCCGCAGUCCGCCCGCUUUGCCGCUGCCCUUCUUCUUCCGGGGGGACACCUCGGGGGGGCCGCGCUCGGCCUCGCCGCCGUCCGCAGGUGCACGCGGGGCGGACAUGACCGCGGCGGGCAGAGCCCCGCGCCGCCCGCUGCCCAUAGGGCCGGGCCCGCCCCGGCUGCGGCUCCGGCUGAGGCUGCGGCUCGGCCCCGGCUCCGGGCUCCCGCCGAGCGUACGGCGCCGACGGAAAGUUUCUCCGGAGCCGGAGCCGGGGCGGAGCCUGCGGCCUCGCCGGGCUGCGGGAGGACCCGGCCCCGGCCCUCCGCUCCGCCCCUCCGCUCCGCCCGUGCGCAGGUGGGGAUCGCGGCCCCGGAGCCACCUGCAGGAGGGGCUCUCCGGGUGA